AUAACCCAACAUUUUCAUAGAAUAUACAAAAUGUUUUCAUUACGAAAACUGCUAUUAAAUACAACAGUACAAUAUCAAAUAAAAAAAUUUCGACAUGUAAAAUUAGACCCAGGAAUUCGUAAACGACAAAACGCAUUGUUAGAACCUGGUGAACCAGUUGAAGAAAUUGACUUCGAUGAAUAUGAAACUGACUUUAUGGACGUUCACAAGUCCCACAAGGAACAUGUGGAGGAAAUGAAGGCGCAGCAUGAACAAUUGAAAUAUCACAUCACUAAGCAAAAGUAUUUCAAGGAGAAGUAUCCGAAUUUUUUGACUUGGCAUGACAAAGAGCAGAUUAAAUAUUUGCACAGUUCUGAUCCUGAAGAAUGGACCAUAGAGAAGUUAAGUGAAGGAUUCCCAGCUUUACCUGAAGUUAUUUCCAAAAUUGUAAAAGGAAAGUGGACAAAGAAAAAUCAAAACAAAGUAACAAAUCAUGAUAAAACAGUGCAAGAAAAUUGGAAAUUAUUUAAAAAAAAUAAGCUGAAAGACUUGCCAGAAGAUUUAGUUGAACACCUGAAAAAAUUUACAAACAGAGCUUUAAUUUUAAAGCCAUUUGAACCUCCAGAUGUAAAACCUGUCAUAGAUCUUCCACAAAAACAAGGUGAAUUCUCUGAGAUAAUUUCAUCUUAUAAUAAAUUAGCAAACAAACAUCCCAAGGAGGCAAUGCAAGAAACCAAUAAUCAAAAGAUGAUUGAGUCAAAAAAAUCAAUAAACAACAAUAAAUUAACCACAUUAAAUCAACUACAGGUUGACAUAGAAAAACGUUUAGAAUCAGGAAAAUAUGUAACUGAAGAAGAAAAAAUGUUACUUCAAAGACAAUUAGAAAAAUCUGAAGUCAAACCUGUAGAAUUAAAAACUAUGGAUUUGGAAUUGGUUAAGAACAAACAUGUAACAGCUGUCAUCAAACCUGAAAAAGAGUACAAGCACCUCAUGUACCCAGAAAAAAUUACAAUUCCCGCGAAAUUAAGGAAAAAGGACGGUUUAUAUAAAUUGAAUGAUUGUUUUUAUGAUGAAUAUGGUGAUUUUUUGUAUAGAGUACCCGGAAUGUAUUAGUUGUAGCUAAUGUAAACAUGUAAAUAAAACAUUUUAAUAUUUAAA